CCUCCUAUGUGAUCACUGAUCAAACAGAGCUACGGAAAAUCAAGUGCAUGGAGAAGACAGGGAUCAGCAUCACGAGGGAGCUCAUGUGGUGGUGGGGAGUGAGGCUGGCGACAGUGCAGCAGCUCCUGGACCUGCUGCAAGGGCUGCAGCUUUACCGAGCAGCUCAGGUCAUCCUGGACUGGACAUCAGCCUCUAGCAUCACCAGCCCUGAGAAAGAAGAGCCAGAGCCACCCAAACAGAUCAUGUCUGUCCCUCCCACAGAAGGCAAAAGGAGAGACAAAGAAAAUGCCCUAAGUUUGUUGCCAUGCCCAGACUCCUCACACCUGGGAGCAGUGCCAUCAGGCAUUUCAGGUGCUGCUUCUGAAGGAGCCUUGUAUUCCCUCCCUGCUCCACCACCUCCCCCGAGAGAGCUUUUGAAUUCCCUACAGUCCAAUCCUCCUGUUUUAUCGAGUGUGAAGCCCUGCAGCUCCUCUGCUCCUCAGCAGGAGACGAUGGCUGACCUCCCUAGCGGGAGUCUCCUGUGGACCCAGAGGGAAAUUGCCAAUGCCACCAACAGCUUCAGUGACAAGAACAGAAUCUGUGAAGGCACUUUCGCAGAUGUCUACAAAGGUCAGAGGAACAACAUGGUGUUUGUCAUCAAAAGACUCAAAGAGCUGGAAUGCACGAGCCCAGAUUCCACCCAGAGGUUCUUUCAUACAGAGGUGCAGAUUUGCUUUCGGUGCUGUCACAUAAACAUUCUGCAGCUGCUGGGCUUCUCGGUGGAAACUGGAUCACACUGUCUGAUAUAUCCCUACUUGCCCAAUGGCUCCCUGCAAAACAAGCUGCAGUGCCACGAUGAUUCUGCUCCGCUGACCUGGGAGAUGCGAAUUAGCAUUUCUUUAGGAGUUGUCAGAGCAGUGGAGUAUUUGCAUAAUUUUGGAAUUCUUCAUGGGAACAUCAAGAGCUCAAAUGUGCUGUUGGAUGAAAACUUUACACCAAAGCUUGGGCAUUCUGGACUGCGGCUGCAUUCUUCUGAUAAAAAAUCAGAAUAUGCUGUGAUGAAAACCAAAGUCCUGCAAGCUUCUCUUACUUACCUGCCAGAAGAUUUUGUCAGACAUGGGCAGUUAACAGAAAAAGUGGAUAUAUUCAGCUGUGGUGUGCCCAGAAGAAGGGUCGGGCUGUGGUGACAGGGCCAGGCAGGGGAAGCCUGCCCAGGGACUGCAGGAGAGAAGGCUGGCGAGCGCCAGAGGCGAUGGCGCCCUGCAGACAGCAGCUGCUGCACAGGGCCCCUGUGUGCAGGGAGACACAGCCCCGGACUCCUUGUGUGCUCCACAAGCUUCAGCCAGAGAGACAUCUUGGAAAAUACAGAUAAAUGAUCAAAAAAAGAAGCUCAUGGAAAAUAUUUUGCUGUAUGAAGAGGACAAGUUAAACAGUUCUGAACUUUUUGAAUCAUAAAUUGGAUGGAUUAAUUAGCAGUGGCCAGCUCAGAAGAAGCUCAGAAUGUGUCCUCAUUAGAAGGACGGUAAAAGUGCACCUUUCACGUAAGAUUAGGUAGCAGGUUUCGCUCAGCAACACUGGCCCUGACUGAAGGAAACAAGAAGUACCACAUAGAGAAGCACCAGAAAAUAACUGUUCUAUAGCAGAUUAAAGCACAGUCCCACUUUCCAUCUGCAAUGUGAAAAGGAAUGGCAAACGCAAGUGCCAUAAUAAUUUGUGAUUGAUUUGCAGUUGUUUCAGGAAGCGUCUGUCGGUGUCCUUAAGCCGCAGUCCCAGGAGCUGCAGAGCAACGCUGAGCAGUGGCAGGCAGCCGUGCCCUGAGCUCUUUGCCCAGACAGGAAUCCUCAGAGCUGGCAGCUUUGCCAGUGGCAAACCUCUCUCUGUUCCGUACAGUCUUAGUCCACACACCCAGAACCACUGCAUGACCUGAGAGGGGUUUCUGUGCAAGUUCUCAGAAUGUUGUACAGCUUCACCUCAGUGUGAACUGCACUGACCACACGUGUAGGUAAUUAACUUCAGCCACUUUCCUCCACUCUCUGAGCUGAGCUUCCCUCCACAUACACGUGACACCACUGAAGUCCAACCUUUCGGUUCCCUGUUGGGAGCUCUGAGACCAUGUUUAAUACUUCAUAGGAGUAUUUUUGGGAAUUAUUUUUUUCUAAGUGUCCUUUACAUGGAAAUGUUUCUCAUUGUGUUUCACAUGGUAACUGUUGUAUAUUUUAGAUUAGGGAAAAGAUUUUAAUUUAAAAUAGCUUUGAUUUUUAUAGGGCACUUGAAACAUAAUUUGUUGUAUUUAUUUUGGCAAUGGGUCAAAUAUAAGCUAAUAAGAGGACUUGUUGAUGGUUCCACACUCACCAGGCAUUCUCAGAGGAAUCCUUGUGGGUGUCCCUUAGUUGGAGCCUCACUCUCAGGCCCAGGGAUCACAUGCAAAAGAAAAAAUAGAGACUUGUAUGCUGGUGUAUUUAUGAUCAAGUGAAAGCCCCCUUAAGAAAGCAUCACUUUUGUUUUUAUGAUAUUUAUUAUUUUUAUUAUUGCUAGCAUAUUCCACUUGUGUGCAGUCUAGGGAAAAACAAGUUUAUGAGGGACCAAAAGAAGCUCUGUCUACAGACAGGUGAGCUGCCUCCUGAGCAUGGGGAACAGGGCCUGAUGUGCAGAAAGGGCUGCAAGUCACAGUGCAGUUUAGGGAACAAAAAUAAAAUUAAUUCUAUGUAAUUAUUUUCAGUGGAAUAGUGUACUAGUAUAUAUUCCUAGCUUUAUAUAAAGGCUGCACCCCUUCUAUUUUUGUAGAGUACCUAGUUCAUUGUAUGUAUUAUUAUGAGGAAGUAUUUUAGCUAAAGACCUGAGUACUGGAGUUAUCUACACAUUUCUCAAGUUAUUCUCUACACUAAAAACUGGUAAAAUUCCUUAAUUAUAAGUGCCUUGGCUACUGUCUUUAUAUUUACAUGUGUUUUUUUAUUUUACCAGAAUCAAACCAAGAUAAGAUUAGUACUGACAUAAGAAACAUUGUAUACUCAGACUGGUCAAUAACUACUUAAUUCUACAGAUUUUUCAAGAUACUUUAUGGCACUGAAAAUGUAAUAUUCAUUGUUUUUCACUGGUAUAUUCUGGGAGACCCGUGGUAAAAUGCUUGUGUCUUCUCCAGAAAGGAAUGCACAUGGCUAUGCUCCAGAAAUGGCAAACCCGAGAGUUUAAACUGAGAAAUGUAGUUUGUGCAUAGUUCUGUUUCAGGGAAGUGCUUUAGAGGUUUUGUUCUCCUGUAGUCACCAGAUGGAAUUGUUAUUCUUUGUCUUGUACCCUGAUAGUUUUAAAACAUUCUGAGGUGAUUUGGGUAGUCUUACAGAUGACCUAAGUAUUCAGUAUGGCACAUAUAAGACACUGUGUGGUCUUACCUUAACACUGUUAUGUAACUUGGCAGUUCACAAGAGUUUAUGCAUUACCAUUUACUAAUAGCUUUUUGAAUAAAAAACCUGAAAAAUUC